AUGUGUGCUAUCUACGACACUCUCGGUCAGUGGUCCAUCAAACUCACUCACAAUCUCUUCGAAGCUGAGACAUUCAACAACGAGAAUCGAUACAAGCCUAGUGCCACUCCAAUUGACGAUGAAUCUGACAAUAAUAACCUUGGCCCUGAAUUCGACAUCUCGACUUGGGCAGUCGCAGAGCGAUGUAAAACCUACCCAGCAGAUAUUAUCUCUACCCAUAAUGUUCAGCCGUUACCCGCAUAUGGCGAGAACCAUAUUUUUAUCCCACCCCUCCAAUAUGAAUCUAAAUUGAAGGGAGCACCAGUUGAAGUCCACAUGGCAUUUUGCCAUCAUCGCAUCAUCAAAUCCAAACGCGAUGUCUUCAAAGCUAUUUUACGAGAGCUCAUCGUGCCAUCACCCCCAUCGACCAUGCCGAGCAGCCCCUUCAAAUUCAAGGGUCCUGGAUCUUCGUCUUAA